GUGGCCAUUGCCAGUCAGAGGCGUCUGAGGAGGAGAAAAUGGCGGCUGCCCAGCUGUGGAGGUUUUGGGGCCCUGCUUUGGUGCUCUUCUUGGCGGCGCUGGGAGGGAGCGAGGCUCUCGGUACCUUGAACCUCCAUGAGCUCAGCGAGCUCAAGUACGGGAUCGAGAUCGGGGCAGAGCCCGUCAUGGCUGGGCAGAGUAAAUCAGCUGAUGUGGUGACCAUCUCCUCAAAAUACAAGCAGAAAUAUGAGUGCCGACUGCCUGCUGCUGCAGUGAAGAUACACCAAGACAAAGAGGAAGAUCCACAGAGCUAUACCGGCUUGGGAAUCUCAGAACUGCUGAAGCCAAUGGAAGCAGCACCUUGCCUUAUCAAGACUAAGGACUGGUGGACAUAUGAGUUCUGCUAUGGGAAACACAUCCAGCAAUACCACAUGGAAGAGUCCGAAAUCAAAGGUGAUAUCCUGUACCUUGGGUAUUACCAGUCUGCAUUUGACUGGGGCAAUGAAACGGCAAAGGCUUCUAAGCAACACAAAUUGAAGCGUUACCACAGCCAGACCUAUGUCAAUGGAUCCAAGUGUAACUUGAAUGGAAAGCCCAGGGAAGCUGAAGUCAGGUUUCUGUGUGAGGAAGGUUCAGGUGACUACAUUGCCCGUGUGGAUGAGCCCCAGUCCUGCUCCUACGUGCUGACUGUCCACACCACUCGCAUCUGCCAUCACCCAUUCCUGCGGCCUCCAUCCACUGCCACCCCUCAGACCAUCCGCUGUCAUCCGGCCCUGAGCCCUGCUGAAUAUGUGGAAUAUGUCAAGGCCCAAGUGUCUGACACCAAGCGGAAAGUGGAGGAGAUCUCUGAAGAGCUGAAAACGCUAGAUUCACAGCUGUGGAAUGAGAAAGACCCUAACUCUGUUACUCAGGAUACAGAUGGAAACAUGACUCCAGCUCCUUCUCCUUCUCCUCCUGAGACUGAGCAAGACGAUGACUCUGAUUUCUGGGAGAGAGUGAUGCGUGGAGAUGGGAAAGCAACCCAGAUGCCAGAACAAACAAAGGAGGAAGAACCAAUCCUGAAAACAGCAGAUAGUCACUUGGCAGAUUUCAAGAAAAAAAUACACUUCAAAGUUAUACGGAACCCUGGAGACCUGGUUCAAUUCAUUCAUGACUUGAAGAAGAGUGCCAAGAAGGGUAAGGAGAAGGCUAGUGAAUCAGAAGAAGAGUCACAAGAUGUCUCACCCAAAAAUGAGCCAGAAUUAGAGUCAGAGAAAGCUGGAGAAGAAGAAGUCCAGGAAGAUGAGGAUGAGGAGGAAUUGCUGGGGAAGUUUGAGAAGGAGCUGGAAGACAUCCUGCUGCCAAAGUCUGAAAUGGCCAAGCUGAAGGAAGAGGUGAAAUCAGAGAUGGAGAAGGAGUUAGAUCACAUCAUUGAUGAGGUGGAGGAUGAACUGGAAACAGAAGGCCUGAAAGGGGAGUUUGAUCGCAAGCAAGCCUCCAAGUCUUUGGCUUCAACCCUCAACAAGCUUAUUGACAAACUGGAUUCAGGCAAAGUCCCAAAUAAAGGGGAUAAAGAGCAAGAGCAGAAACUAGAGAAAGAAGAGGAGGCACCACUGGAUGGAGGAGACGGUGCUAAAGAAAAUGCAGCCAACACAGCCAGUGAUGACAACCCAGACGGGCGUUUGAAAGUCAGGGUCACUAAAGUAAAACCAGGUAGCACUCGGCAGAAGGAGCUGCGAGUCCAAGAGAUGAGCAGGGACAACCCGCAGCUGCGCCACAUAGAGAGUGUGGUUAAGGACCUCUUGGAGAAGGAAGGCCUGAAGGCAGAAGGUAAAAUCGAAAUCAAGAUAGUGACAACAGGUGGCCUGGGGGACGAUGACGAUACACACUGGCUGUCAGAAGAGGACACCAAGAACCUCAAGGAUAUUUUCUUCAACAUUUUGAUACAGGGCACAGAGGAAGCACACAAGGAGCAGCGGCGCCAACGCCAGCUGGAAGACAACUACCGUUUUGUGUGGGGGCGGAACCAGGAAGAGCUGCCAGCUGCUAGUAGCACAGAUUCAGAUGAAUUGGAUUUUUGAACCUCGCCGAGCAUCCAAAUGCUGCCAACCACAGCUGUUCCCCUGCAGGACCUGGCUGGCACCUUUCACUUGAUGAUCAGGAUGAUCGACGUCUUUCCACAGUGACCGGAAUCCCACUCAAAUGCUCAUAAAGCCAGUGGCCAAUGCAAAGGCCAUCUCAGGCACAAAUUGUCUUCUUUAGAUCUACAGCUGCCAUAUCAAAUUUUGCUAAGGCAGCUUCAGUCAUCUUUCCUCACUGUGUCAUGAAGGUUUCUGUCAGCUGCCUCAGAUAGUGCUGGUGGCCUUUCCUCAGGGCCUAAACUAUGGUGCCCUCCAAUGCCAAGCUGUUGGCUUCAUCGUCAAGUCUCCAGCCAGCUGUUCUUGGCCAGAGGAAGAGAAAUGUCAAGGUAGAGUUAUAGCAGACCCAACUCUCCUGACCUUAAACUGUUAAACCAAAAGAAACCAAAAAAAGAAAGAAAAAAGUUCUUACUGCAAAACCCUUCAAUUCAGUGAAAGGUGGAAUCAGGGUAAAGAACUGAUACCCCUUUAUUUCCUAAUGCCUUGUAUAUUUGGAUGAAAUCUCUUCUCCCCACCCGGCCCCCAUUAUGUAGAUGGCUGUGUCUCACCUGUGUGCCUUGAAAUGUCAAACUGGAGGAAGAAGCCUCUUUUUAUCUUGCUUGGGCCUCUUCCCAACACCCCCUCCCUUUGUUUGUUUGUUUUUUUCCUUUUCUGUUCAAAAGUUUGUUAAGAGCACAGAUUGGCUCCAUGUUGUGCUGGCCACUCUUUGUGACCAUCUUCUCAGAUGCUGCGUGUGGGCUUGCAGCUUUGAGCUCGUGAACCCAGCAAAGAGACUGCAGAGCAAUGUGGAAGAAGGGUAUUGUACACUGCUCUUUCUUGCAGCAUAGUUUCACCUCUACUAGGACCCUAGACAUAGGAGUAUGUGGACUGCAUUUUUUUAAAAAAAGCAGCCUCUCAAGCGGAGUCCCAUGGACAUGGCUGGCUGUUCCUUCUGUGAAGUUUCAAGCCACAAGCUGGGCUAGAAUCUCUUGCAGUGAGACAGUGAAUUCAAUCCAAAAGCAGAACAAUCGGAGCUACUGAAUGGGUGACUGGAGAGAACGAAUUGCUGCCCCAGGAAAAGGGUGAGGCUGGAAGAAUCCUGCCACCUCCUUUGGCACUUAAAGGACUAUUUGCAAUUCUUUUUUUCUAUCAAUAAAUCCAGGUCAUCCCA